GACAAUGGGCAUUGGGGGUGUCAAUGUCCCACUGGAAGAGAAAUCGAGGGAUGCACAGGUGGCCUCCUACACGGGGAUCUACGACACAGAAGGGGUGCCCCAUACCAAGAGCGGGGAGAGACAGCCCAUCCAGGUCAACAUGCAGUUUAACGACAUUGGCGUUUUUGAAACGGUCUGGCAAGUCAAAUUCUACAACUACCACAAACGGGAUCAUUGCCAAUGGGGAAACAGUUUUGGCAGUAUUGAGUACGAGUGCAAACCAAAUGAAACGCGCAGUCUCAUGUGGAUCAAUAAAGAGACCUUCCACUGA